GCAACUUCUUCUCCUCCUAAUUCGGCUUUCUCCAUCAUCUUCCUCUUCUUCAUAUCCUUUUCCUGAUAUUUGCUUCCUCUCUUCCUUCCUCAAAGUCAUGGAGAAUUCUGGGUCAUCCUCCAGGAAGAGAUCGUCAAACCACAUCCGGUUCUUCCCGCAGGAGCAGAAGCGUGGCCGCAUCGAGUACCAAGAUCACGAGGAACCGAACCUUGACCUGUCACUUCAGCUCGGUUCGUCAAGAACAGUACAAAACCAGAGGGCACAAAUUCAAGCGCCGCCAGCAGCGGAGGAUAAAAUUGCUAAGUGGGAAGCGGUUCGAGCAGAACUUGAAAGAGCGGAGGACGAGAAUCGACUUCUGAAAGAAAAGCUUAGCGAAGCAAACAUGGAGAACAAGGCCUUGCAAGAUAGGCACUCGGAGCUGUUGCUCGAACACAAUCCAGAUGAGCAAGGAGGAGCCGUUGUAUCGCCUUCAUCGUCCGAUCGAACCCUCUCUGAUCACGACCGGUCCUCUCCCUCCAAUCCAGAUCGAACCCAGCCGAUCAUGAAGGACACCCAAGUUUCGCUUCGGAUCCGGCCCGAACAAAAGUUGUUUCACGAUGGCUGUCAUUGGAGAAAAUACGGAGAGAAGUUGUCGAAGGGGAACCCUUUUCCUCGGGCUUACUUUCGUUGUUCUUGUUCUCUUAAUGUCAAAAGAUGCUCUGUUCAUAAGAAGGUUCAACGUUGUGCAGAGGAUCCGACGGCAUGGACAAUAACCUACAAAGGAUCGCAUAACCACCAACUUCCUCCUGCCGCCCUCGCGACGGCCAACGCCACGUCGGCGGCCAUGUCCAUGUUGAUGUCUGGUUCCUUGUCCUCCGCAUCAGUAAUCUCCGACAACAGUGUUUUGGCCGGAGCGACGAUCUCGGUAGCCGACCCUUUCCCCACAGUCAUGGUUGACUACACUCGCCCUCCGCCCGCCUUUGCAAGGAUGAGCGAGCUGACCGAGGUCAUUUUCACUGAUCCCAGAGUCAAGGCUGCGCUCGCUUCCGCGAUCACUGCUUCCUUCUCGGUUCCCAAAGGCAAAGGCGACGGCGACAGCCAGGAGAACGGCAAGAAAGAGUGAAUUAAGCGACCUAUCACCAAUAAUGCUCGGGGUUGUUUAAAUUAUGUAUUUCGUGAAUUGAUUAGAGAUACUGGAACUCAUUUAAAGUCUCUGAACGUUUCUAAUCGCCAUAAGAUGAUCGAUAUCCAGGAAAACAUACGU